AUGGCGGAAAUGAAUACUUGGAACGAAAGCUUAUUUGGCUGCUGCGAUGAUUUUCCCAUAUGUUGUUUUGGAUGUUGCUGUACGCCAUGUUUAUUUGGUUCAAAUGCUGAGAAAAUUGAUGACAGUAGUUGCUUGGGAUUCUGUUGUAUAUACUGGUUGCUAGCACAUUUCUAUAUGUGCUGGCUACCACACUAUUUAAAAAGAGAAAAACUUCGAAGAAUCUAUAACCUACGUGAAGAUGCAACCUGUAGUGAUAUACCAGCUACGUUGUGUUGUGGUCCAUGCGCAUUAUGUCAGGAGGCUCGUGAGAUGAAAUCGAGAGGUCACAAUGGACGAAGCAAUCAACAGAUGAGUUAUCAGGUUACCAAUCAGCCAACUUUCUCUCAACCAAUAUACAAUAGACCACCUCCCCAAGAAGCAUACGAAUCACGUCAUUUCUGA